AUGUCGAGGCAGCAGACAGCGAGUGGCGUGUCGCGCACGGCAGGGCUGGCGAACCAGGACUGGCGAACCGGGGCAGGCGACCCAGGGCUGGCGAACCAGGACUGGCAAACCGGGGCUGGCGAACCAGGACUGGCGAACCAGGACUGGAGAACCAGGACUGGCAAACCGGGGCUGGCGAACCAGGACUGGCGAACCGGGGCAGGCGACCCAGGGCUGGCGAACCAGGACUGGCGAACCAGGACUGGCAAACCGGGGCUGGCGAACCAGGACUGGCGAACCAGGACUGGAGAACCAGGACUGGCAAACCGGGGCUGGCGAACCAGGACUGGCGAACCAGGACUGGAGAACCAGGACUGGCAAACCGGGGCUGGCGAACCAGGACUGGCGAACCGGGGCAGGCGACCCAGGGCUGGCGAACCAGGACUGGCGAACCAGGACUGGAGAACCAGGACUGGCGAACCAGGACUGGCAAACCGGGGCUGGCGAACCAGGACUGGCGAACCAGGACUGGAGAACCAGGACUGGCAAACCGGGGCUGGCGAACCAGGACUGGCGAACCAGGACUGGAGAACCAGGACUGGCAAACCGGGGCUGGCGAACCAGGACUGGCAAACCAGGACUGGAGAACCAGGACUGGCGAACCAGGACUGGCGAACCAGGACUGGAGAACCAGGACUGGCAAACCGGGGCUGGCGAACCAGGACUGGCGAACCGGGGCAGGCGACCCAGGGCUGGCGAACCAGGACUGGCGAACCAGGACUGGCAAACCGGGGCUGGCGAACCAGGACUGGCGAACCAGGACUGGAGAACCAGGACUGGCAAACCGGGGCUGGCGAACCAGGACUGGCGAACCAGGACUGGAGAACCAGGACUGGCAAACCGGGGCUGGCGAACCAGGACUGGCGAACCAGGACUGGAGAACCAGGACUGGCAAACCGGGGCUGGCGAACCAGGACUGGCGAACCAGGACUGGAGAACCAGGACUGGCAAACCGGGGCUGGCGAACCAGGACUGGCGAACCAGGACUGGAGAACCAGGACUGGCAAACCGGGGCUGGCGAACCAGGACUGGCGAACCGGGGCAGGCGACCCAGGGCUGGCGAACCAGGACUGGCGAACCAGGACUGGCAAACCGGGGCUGGCGAACCAGGACGUGCGAACCAGGACUGGAGAACCAGGACUGGCAUACCGGGGCUGGCGAACCAGGACUGGCGAACCAGGACUGGCAAACGGGGCUGGCGAACCAGGGCUGGCGAACCAGGACUGGAGAACCAGGACUGGCAAACCGGGGCUGGCGAACCAGGACUCGCGCCUGGGAGCCGUGGCGAGGAUGUAG